GUGAACCAAAUCCAAUGUAAUACAAUAUAGAACACACACUUCACUGGAAACGACACGUGACCUGUUUCCCACACACACCACAUUUCUCCUGAGGAGGACAAGGAUGGAGGGAUGGGUGCUACCUUUCCUUGUGUGCCUGCUCUGUGGAAGAGUCUCCAGCUCGGAGUAUGAGCUUGGCACUCACCCACGCUUCAUCUGCAGCCCCAUUCCCCCUGAUGCCCCCUGCAUCCCUUCCGAUAGCUCUAGUCACCAUGGCGGCCAUCACGGCGCCCGUCACAGUAGGCACCAAAACAGCCAUUACGGCGGCCACCACGGUGACUCCUGGUUGGGUGUGUCGGAUGAGGCCACGCCCACCAUCUUACAUCUGCGUGAGAGCUUAGUGCAGCAGAAGGAGACGAUUCUGGACCAGAGGGAGACGAUCCGCGAGCUCACCUCCAAGCUGGCACUCUGUCAGGGCUUCGGGCACGGCCUGGGUGGACACGAGCACGGACACAGCCCGUACACGCAUUACCACGGCAACGGAGAGCACACGGGCGACGAGACGAUGAGCCUGUCGCACUCGAGCUCUCCGGAGCAGAUGAGCCACAUGCUGACCACGUUAAAGGAGAGACUGGCAAACCUGCAGACGCACAACACGUCCACGGCGUACUCUGCCUCUCUGAAGGAGCUGCUGCGGAGGAAGAUCUCAGCCCUCGAACAGCGACUGCUGCAACACGCGACGUCCAUCACUGACGCCGACCACGAGCAUGAUGAUGACGAGGAUGACGGUGAUGUACACCACGAUGGGCAACGUGACGGAAACGACAAUCACCAUGACGACAGUCGUCAUGACAGUGAAACCGGUAGACACGAGAACCCGAGGUCAUCGCACCGCUCGCAGGAUCGCCGGAUGACCCGUGACGAGCUGGACAAAGUGCUGAAGCAGCUCACACACGGCGCCCGCUCGAACACAGGUCCGAGAAAGAGAAGUAAAUCUUCCAGAAGUUUCCAGAUUGGCUUCCCUAUGCGCACAAACUACAUGUAUGGGAGAGUGAAGCGAACAAUGACGCAAGAGAUUUACGCCAUGACGCUGUGUAUGUGGCUGAAGGGUGGAGCCUCAGGCAUAGGCACGCCCUUUUCCUACUCCGCCCCGGGACAAGCGAACGAACUGGUGCUGAUUGAGUGGGGAGACAAGCCGAUGGAACUGCUAAUCAAAGACACGGCAGUGAUAUUACCCCUCUCGCUGCAUGAUGGGAAAUGGCACCACGUGUGUGUGACGUGGUUGGCACAGGAUGGAGUAUGGGAGGUUUAUCAGGACGGAGCAAAGAGAGGAUCGGGGGAUAAUCUUAACGCCUGGCAACCCAUCAAGCCUGGAGGAGUUUUUAUUUUGGGACAGGAACAGGACUCACUUGGCGGACGUUUCGACGCCACUCAAGCUUUCGUUGGUGAAAUCUCAGACCUUCACCUCUGGUCUCACACACUCACACACCAUGACAUCUACAGUCUCGCCUCUUGCCGAGGUCACAUGACCGGUGAUGUCAUAAGCUGGGCAGAGUCGGUGGUAGAACUGCACGGUGGGGUCACCAAGUACCCAUUUGAUCCCUGUCAUUAAGGUUACUUACAUAUAAUAUAGAAAAGGAUUAGGAACAGAUGAAGUGAUGAUGAUGAUGGUGAUGAUGAUGAUGUGGGAAAAUCUGCUCUGAGAAAAGGAACACAACUGAAGAUAGACGCACCCAUAAAAUCCAGGAUGUGCUGCUAGAAAAAUGAAUGAUCAGCUUUAGUCUGGAAACAGAGACUCUGCCUCAUCACACCUCACUGUCACUGAUUCAUUUCCUUUAACAGCUUUUUUUUUUGUUUUGUUUUUUUGAAAGAUACAGCAACACCAAAGAAGCUAGUUAAAGCAUGAAUAAACUAUACAAUCUUUAAAUAGUAAAUAUUAGUCUAGGACAGCACUAGUUAGGGUGUAGGAACCAUCUCUAAUGCGUCUCCCUGCUCUGAUGUCUAGUGCACUAAUUAGUGCGAAAGCUUUUUUCGAAUGUGAUUAUUAAAGGCACGGUUACAAUAAAACGUAACAAGAGACAUUUGCUCUCUUUUGAUUGUUUUGUGUGUGUGUGUGUGUGUGUGUGUGUGUGUGUGUGUGUGUGUGUGUGUGUGAUUGUAUGUGCAAGCUAAUAAAACUGUACAAGUUGAGUGUAUUCUGUUCAACACGUGUUGUGAUGUUGAAAAUAAACAGCAGGGGGCGACAGAGCGACUGGACUGAGCUAAAAACUGAAAGAAAGAAAAAGAAAGAAAGGAUGGAGCCACGAUUAUAAUGUUGUCUUGAACUUUAUUGUCUGGCAAACAAUACACAUUUGUAACCUUGUGUUGUUUCUUUGCUACAUUAAGAGAUGAUCUCCUGUUUAUUACAUCAUUCAGUCAAAAAAAAAAAAAGUAUAAUAAUAAUAAUACUA